AUGGCGGACGACCCAGAUGGAGCCAAUCCCCCAAUCCCAGGAUACGGUCCAGGGAUUGAUUGGAUGGGGAUAGGAGACGACGAUGAGAUUCCCUUAGGCCCUGACGACUUCCUUCCUCCUCAGAUCUACAGUGGCGAAGAUAUGCCUGACUUUGACGACGAUAUGCCUUUUUUCGCUAUUCUGUCAGCGGAUGCGUAUCUAGAUUCGAGGCAGAACAAGCUACGCCAUCUUCAGCAAGAAGACUUGUUGGCAGAGAAGAGAUUUUUAGAAACAGCUUUUAAAUUUGACUCAAAGCCGGAAAAAGAAGGGCACUGGCAUAGAUCUGACAUGGAAUAUGGAAUGGUGCUUCAAUUACUCAGCGAAAUCUGUGAAAAGCAGUCUAUGAAUCCUAAGGAUCCCUGGGUUACAGCAAACGGUACUGUGAAGGGAGAAGAGGGUGACUUUGAUGGGAGAUUCGAAAAUUAUCCAAGUGUGAGUAAUCAUCUAGGGUUGCCUAUUUCCGCCUAGCUCGGUAUGAUCGUGUUAUGUAUUGAUGUUGUCACAUAGGAUAGAGGGACAUGGACCAGAAACCCCACCUCGGUAGCAGCCCUAGGAAAACCCAUAGUUCUGCACUUUUUCAAAUAUUUACAGAAGUGGGAAGCUGAUGGUAAAGAACUCAGCUAUAAUUCACGCACGGUUCUAGCACGUCGACUAAGACUUAUCGACUUCCUAACAUUGUCCCGCCGCUUUGCAGAUCCAGGCAAUCUGGAGCUGGCAAGACUAAUCAGGGCAGCCGAAGAAGGACUUGAGGAUCUUGGUAUCAAAGAUAAGGACCUGAAAAUUGCUUGGGUCCUCUACCGGGUUUGGAUACGUCUUCUUCACUAUCGCUCCCUAAGUUUAGGCGAAAAUGAAUUUGGCAAGGCGCACCUUACAUGGAUGAUAAAUAUUGCUAUUAACAGAUACUAUCGCGAAGUGACAAAACAAACCCCUUGGUAUUCUCCACGGAAUGAUCCUGAAAUCCAGAUCUGGCCUAAACUUGUUCACGCGUGUAAGACACUCGAAAGAUUUGUAGAGGCGUUUCAUGCUCGCCUAGACGCCAAAAACCGAGAGAAAACAUCAAAUUAUGGAUUGAGUAACGAUGAAGAUGAACCACCGUCAGAAUUGCUCGAGACUCUCAUUCAAGGUGCUAUUUCAGAUGUCUGUCAUCAUUCCCUUGAAUCCUGGAAAGAUACGGAAGUCCAUUUUCCCUGGAUGAUCUUGAUACUGAUGUUUAUUUUGUAGGCAUUCAUAGAUGAUCCCCAUGAACGAAGAUUGGAGUAAGUAAAUUACGCAAAAAGCAUAAAAACGAAGUGAGAAAGAGCUGACUAUAAGUCACUUAAAGGCUGUGGACCGAUCUCCACCUCGUCGCCGAUGAAGUUCAAGAGCGAAUGGGAAAAACGCAUGUUGAGGGCGUCUUACUGGUGCGUGUUUCUCCAAUUAUCUUUCUUCCCUUUAGACUGGGUUGAGGAACCGCGACAAAACUUCCACCUUAGAAAUCCUUGCUGCUCUCAAAUCCAUCUUGAAAUUCUACCUCGUCGCUGAACGUGACAGUACUGACUCCUAGAUCUCCAAUAGGAAAGAAAGAUUGUUCUGAAGGAUGAGUGGUGGCAAAUGUACAAGCUUCUCGAGAACGACAAAGAGCCCUACGGACCCACUGGUGGGAAUUGGUGGUCGCACUUCGACUGGCAGAGCAUAAAUGAUAAUGGCAAUUUUGUAAAGGGACUCGAAAGGAUGGAAGAGUUAAAUUUGCUAAGAAGAAACAAUCUUCUUCUAAGGGACUGGAGUGGCAGGAAGCCAAUUAAACAACUUUAUUAUGGUACGUAUCAAUUACGCCCUUUUCUGUAGUUGUGUUGGUGGGGUUUUAGGUAAUGAGUAUACGACUUUGGAAUUGGUUUUUAACAUACUGCUAUAGUCUUUGACACAAGAGAUGAUGGACAGCACAGAGACUACCGACAGGCAAUUGACGAUUUUUACUGGCAGGUGGGUAUAAAAGCUUUCAACUUCUCCACUACAAAUCAACACGGAGUCCAAAACUGUACUACUUAUAUCUACAAUCGAUUCUUCUAGUUGAUGAGCAUUUCACCAGGAAAAUACUAACAUUCAAACUUUCUAGAUCACUUAUCUCGCUGGACUUACGCAAUGGGGUAUUUCAAAAGACAGUCCAUCACGAAGAGAAAACAUCUUCAAGGGUCUCUUUCCUAUCCAUCCAAUUGGACUGCACGCACCAAGCAAAGUCCUUCUAUUACUUUGGAACACUGACAAUGACACUCCAAGAUGUAUUAUAUGUUGGAUGGAUAUUGGCGUGGGUGAUCUCCUCGCACAGCUAGCUCUCUUGUCAAACUGGUCACACCUUACAUCAUAAAUGUAUUCUAGAAGAAUGGGGCACUGAGUUCUACGACGCCAAACAACCAUGUCCUAUUAAGGAUGGUAGUCCAUAUAACAUGCAUAAAGAAGCUGGUAUCACCCAGGAGUUCACACCAGGGCUUGAUGAAAACGCCACAUACAACUUAUUUGAUGGCUUUACAACUGAGGAUGACAAGGGGAAGGCCAAACAAAGUAAUGAAUGGGUAAGUUGUUAUUUGUGGAAAUGACAAGCCAAGCUAGCUUUGACCACCUAUACUCUAUGUUAAAUUCUUUUUGAAUCGUUUUUGAAUACAAGACUAACUGGGAGACUAUGUCUGUAGGACAUCAGACGUAAUGAGGGGACAUCAGACGUAAUGAGGGAGAGGAGAGUUUGGCAGAAUAUGAGGUGGCUCAUGUCAGAAAUUGGAGAAGAAAAAAGGAGAGAGACAGAAAAUGGGAAGUCAACGCAAAUAGGACCGGGUAUUAUGCCAUGGAAUAUCCAUCAGGCCCCGAUAAGUUGAAGGUCAACUACAGUGUUAGGAGAAAACGGAAAGGCUUAGUUGUCUCCAUAUUUGACUUCAAAGAGCCUGAUGACAAUAUUCCGUUUCCGGGUUUGUUUCCAGAGCCCGGGGAGCCACGUCCACCAACUCCAAAGGAUGAGGACGAGGGCGAUGACGAUGAGAUUAUGAGUGGGGUGGAGAACGAGGGCUCGGGUAAUGAUGAUGAUGAAUAA